AUGUUGAUUAGAAGAGUCUUAUAUAGAUUUUCAAAAGAGAAGAUAAACAAAAUUUUAGAUCAUGAAGACUAUCUGACUGAAUAAAUUGACAAGAUGGCAGCUGCCUUUAAUCCUCAGAACAAUAAAAUAUUCAACAAUUAUAAAGUUUUCCAAAAUAAAUUAAAUGUAGAUGGUACUUAGAAUUUGCUUAAAAAAAAGGAUUCUCUACCAAAUUGAAUAGAUCUGCCUCUAUAUAUAUUACUAUAUGGAGUAUGGUAGGUGGACUUUCCUAUUUGUAUAUAAAUCCUUGGGUAACUUUGAUUCCUGUAUUUUUUUCAAUUUAAACAAUAUCAUCAUAUAUGAAGGGUAGAAAAUACUUGGGAAAAUUAGUUUAAUCAAUAACAUUAGAGAAGGAUUAAAAAAAAUGUUUGAUUGAAUUAGGAAACAAAAAUGUGUUAAAAGUUAAUGUUACAGAUAAUGAAUUAUUAAAUAUUAGUGAUGUGAUAUAAGUAUCAAAUAAUAAGAUAGAGGAAGAAGUGGUAAUUUAUAAAUGUAUUAUAAAGAAUGAAAAAUAUAGAUAAUCAAAUUAUGUUAUAUAAUUUGAGACAAAAUAUGAUAGUAAAUUAUAUGAAGAUUUGAGGGUAUUAGUAACAAAAGAUAAUGCUGAAAUUCCAAAUAUAAAGUUACUCUAGGAUAUUAUUACAGGAGAAGAUGUGAGUGGAUACAUUUAUGAGGAAAUUGUAUAAAAUUAAGAAGAUGUAGUAAGAAAAGAGACUGAUGAAGAAUUGGAAAAGAGAUUGAAAGAUGAAUUGAAAAUAUGAA